AUGCUCGAGGCACAACAGAAGAUUAAUUCCCUUCGCGAAGAUAAGGAAUUGUACGCGACCUUGGAAGCGAAGGCCAGCGCGAACUUUGAGCGUCACCGGUCAGAGCUGACGCUAUUGUUACAGAAGGAACGCGCUAUACAUGCGGCAGCGGAGGACCGUCUGCGUGCGCAGCUUCAGCAACUGCUUCAGGAGAACGAGGCGGCCCAGGCAGAACUUCAGUGCGUUCGCGCAGAGCGAGAUAACCGCUGCUGCGAGGAGGUGCAACGGCAGCGGCAACAGCGUGAACAACACGAAGAGACGAUGCGUCGGGAAGCACUAGAACUGCGUGAUGCGUUAGCAGUCAUUCGAGACGACGUUGAAGUUGCGCAGAAGGAAAAGCACUGGCAUGAGAUGCAGCUACAUGAGGCGCUCACGCUUCAGCAGGCGCUUCAUGCUGACUUCAGAAAGGUUCGUCAGGAGGCUGACGAACUCUCUGCAACGGAGCUCCAGAAAGGGCAACCACAGAAAUCGGGAAGGGAAAAGGUUUUUCUUCCCUGUGGCCCUGCGGAUAAGACUUGCCCGGUGAAACCCGCUUCCCACCACAUUGCUGCGAUUGUGUCCACAGUAGAGCGUAACAACUACUAUUGGCCACGCCUCUACUACCGUCGUAGGGGUAUUCCCUCGCCGCUGGAUAGCAGAAGAGAAUCCGCGCCGCGUUGCCGGAGCAACAGCAGCAACCCCGCGGUGGAUAUCCAUAGAAAUUCUUCCAUAGAGCCAUGCCAGGCAACACAACUUGUGGCGUCUCCCAUCUUGCCGAAACCCGCGACGGCCGUGCCGGCUACGACUGCCUCUCUUUCAAUUACCCCUGUAACAGCGCUGGCGGCUGACACUAGCGCAACCUCAACGGUGGCGGCAAAGGUGGACCCCCCUGUAACGUAUAGCGCUCGGAAUCUCGACGCAAUCUGCCGUUCAUUGCUGCGUGAAAUACUGCAAAUGCGUAAAGAGUACCAGGAGUGUACAGCAGCGCUUAAUGACCCUACUUCAGACACUGUGGAACUCAGUCGCCGCAUGCGCAACCUGAUGUGUACCUUGGACCGCAAGGUUCACCAACUUCGCAGUCUGCGCCAGCAACAAGCGAAGGUAGAGGACAAACUGCGAAUGCAUGAUAUGCUAAUGGAAAUCGCAGAGGAAAACAAUUACUGCCGGAGUGUUUACAGCGACCUACUGGAGCUUAUUCGUUCAUGA